GAUUUAAGGCAUCCCUAGUGCCACAAAACUUGGAUGCCAUCAUCAUUGGCAGUGGAGUGGGUGACCUAUCAGCAGGUGUCUUACUGAGUCAAGCAGGAUGCAAAGUUUUAGUACUAGAGCAACAUGACCAGGCUGGAGGCUGCUGCCACUCCUUUGUAGAUAAAGGAUUUGAAUUUGACACAGGUAUUCACUACAUUGGAAAUAUGCACGAUGGAUCAGUUGAUCGUGUUUUGCUUGACCAGUUAACAGGUGGUCAAUUAAGAUGGGCUCCGAUGGAUAAUGAGUUUGAUCAGGUUGCUAUGGGAGAUCCAGCCAAUGCUAAAUUGUUCAAAAUGAAGGCUGGUAAGAAAGAGUAUGUCCAAAAUUUGAUCAAUCUCUUCCCUCAAGAAAAAGAUGCUGUACUCAAAUAUAUGGAGCUUAUUAAGGAUGCAAGCUCAUCUUUUUAUGGUAUUGUGAUUUUGAAAGUGCUACCCAAGCUCCUGGUUCGCUUCCUGGUGGUCACAUGCCUGUACAAAAUAGUAUUUAGAUGCUAUAGGAAAAGGUACGCUGAGAAAACACUACAGGAAGUUCUGGAUGAGCUGACCAGCAACAAGGAGCUCAAGCUGGUUUUGUCAUACAUAUAUGGAGAAUAUGGUAUUUUUCCUAAAGACGUGCCAUUUUUUCUUCAUGCUGUAUUAAUCACACACUACCAGAAGGGAGCCUAUUACCCCAUGGCUGGAAGCUCUGAAAUUCCAUUUCACAUGAUCCAGUCUAUUGAGAAAGAGGGAGGGAGAGUUCUGGUCCAGGCUCCAGUGACUAAAAUUUUGUGUGACGGGAAGGGCAGGGCUGUUGGUGUCAGAGUUGGAAAAAAUGAAACGGAUGUGUUUGCUAGAUAUAUCAUAUCUGAUGCUGGUGUUGUAAACACAUUCAAAAAAUUGUUGCCAGAAAGUGUUGCCAAAUCUUCUUGUAUAUAUCCAUUGAUUGAAAAAGUUGGACCCAGUUGUUCUUUCAUUACUGCAUUUAUUGGAGUAGAGGGCAGCCCAAGUGAGCUUAAAUUGCCUGCUGGAAACACAUGGGUUUACAAUACUGAUGACAUCAAUAAAACCAUGUCAGGAUUUUUUAAUUUGAAAGCUGAUGAAAUUGAAGACAUUCAAAUACCUUUUGGUUGCAUUUCUUUCCCAUCAGCCAAGGAUCCUGAAUGGGAAAAAAAAUAUCCUGGAAAGAGUUCUGUCUUAGUAAUUACAUUGGCCAACUGGGAUUGGUUCAAGGAAUGGAAAGAGGAAAAACAGCGCCACAGGGGAGAUCGUUAUGAAGGAAUAAAAGAUAUCAUAGGACGUCAGCUAUGGCAACAAUGUGUUGAUCUGUUUCCUCAACUUGAUGGAAAGAAAGUUUAUAUGGAAGUAGGAACGCCAGUGACCAACCAGUAUUACCUAGCAACCCCUCAAGGGGAGAUGUGUGGCCUAGCACAAGGGAAAGCGAGGUUUACAGCAGAUGUGGCAAGCAAACUUAGGCCUGAUACAGAUAUACCAGGCUUGUUUUUAACUGGUCAAGACACAAUGACCUGUGGCUUUACCCCUUGUCUAACCACAGGCUUGCUUUGUGCAUCACAAAUUUUAAACAGAAACCUGUACUCUGACCUCUUGAAGAUCAGAAAGCAGAUGAAGAAGAUUGACUUGACUAAAAUUAAAAGUGAUUAACAGUUUCUUUAUUAGAAACAUUUCCUUCAAUUCUUAGACAUUAACUGAUUAAAACUUGAAAAUUUUGAUGUAAUAAUGCAUGUUCAAAAGAUUCAAAAUGAUUUACUAAUUAUGGUAGACCUAUUUUAUUUUCCAACUGCUUACAAAUUAAAAGUGCUGUUAAAGAUAUCAGGAAAUAAUGAAAACUUUUUACGCUUAAUGUGACAUAAAAAAAGUUGGAUUGCUAUUCCAAAACAAAAUAAUUCAUUUAUAAACGUCAUUCAAAUACGGUAGUUAAUUUACAUUUUAAAAUCAAUUUUAAACUAUUUUCUUGCUUGUAUCUGCUUUAGCAUAACUAUUCUAGUAACAAAAAUUAGGAACUUUUAAAUAACUUUUUAGUGUUACCCUUAUAAUUUUUGUAUUGUUGAGUAAAGGUAUGAUAUAAUAAUUGCUUAUGCCCUAUUGUUGUCAUCCCAAACCUGAAUUAACUUCCUACUGUUAUCUAACGUGGCAGCUGUCUUUUUGGGGUAGGCAGGUACUGGUUUCUUGACCUUCAACCUAUUCAUUAGGUUAUCUUACUUUGCUGCUAUACAGCCGAUGUGGAAAAUAAUUAACUAGGCCUGUGUCUUUUAUCUUAACUUCAUCUAUGAUUAGAUUAAUCCAUAAAUAAUGUCACGCUUUUUAAAAAUGAUUUUUACCUCGCUCCCUCCCAAUCGUCUCAAAAAUUCAGACCCUCUCUAAAAUGACGUAAUACCUUAGCCUCCCCCCUCAAAUUUUCUUUCUAAAAUAUUUGAUGAUAUCGAUCAACAUAAAGCAUAGUCCUAUUAGUCAAUUUUUAUUGUAAUUUACUAAAAAAUGUAAUUUGGAAACAAAAAAGCAUGGUUACAUUCUUCAGUUUCUAGUAUUAGGUUUUUAAGUACAGAAGUGCAACGUCACACUUUCUGAACCAUCCUCUCUCCCUAUCUAUCUAUCUGUUGGGAAUGCUGUAGAGAAAACACAAGGAAAGUAAAAACUUUCACCGUCAUAUGGAAAACGAAAUGGGGCGUCACUUGGAACAUUUAGUAGGAAAUAGUCUAAAGCCAGAAAAGUACACACAAUAAUAUGACGUUAUUGAAUCUAGAGUAAACAUUGGAUUAAAAAGCCAAUGCCAGAAAAAUGCACAAUAGUGUAACUCUUUGUCCCCCCCCCCCCCCUCAAAAUUAAUGACUUCAUUGAACUCUAUAAUAAAAACACUAACAGUAACACCUAAUUCAUGUGUCGAAUUCUUAAAGUGGUUUGCGUGCAGAGUUUCUUACAUGCAUCUCUUCGGGUAGGGGCAAAGCCCAUUUACUCUUCCAGAUCUCUUUAAAGAGGAUUUUUAAAAAUAUUUUUUAGUUUAAAUAAAUAUUUAUUUUAAAGAUCUGAGAGUAGUCAGCAAAACUAAGUAUGUUGAAAAUCUAAAGGUUGUGUAUAAAAAUGCUGUUUUCUUUUGUAACCAAGCAGCUUAUAAUGACAGUAAAUUUGUUUUCAUUACAGUACAGUAU